GAAGAAGCAAACAGCCUAUAGCGUGCACAAAGUUCAGAGUCUAACUGUGAGGUUUUUCUGAUUUAAUGUAGUGCCGUUUGCAAACGUUUGUCUUAUUAUCCUGGAUGAUUCAGAUGUAACAUGGAGCAGAUCACAAACAAUCUCUGCAGGUAUAAAAACUACAACUUUGCCAUCGGCCUCACAACUGCAGAGCACAUUGAUUCACUCCAGAGCUUUGAAAUUCGAGAUAGUGACAUAUUCCUCGUCACUUAUCCGAAGUCAGGAACUAUAUGGACUCAACAGAUCAUCAUCUCCAUCUGUGAGCUGGACGGCGGUCUCAAUGAAUAUCGAAACAACUUAGAGCAGAUGCCGUGGCUGGAGUACAGGGAGGGUCGAGAACAUUACGCUCUACGACCCUCUCCUCGGCUUUUUGCCUCUCACCUCACGCCGGCUCUGAUGCCUCAGGGACUGAAGGACAAGAGGGCAAAGAUCAUCUACGUGAUGCGGAAUCCAAAGGACAACAUUGUCUCUUAUUACCACUUCAGUCGCGUCUUCACCGACCUGGAGGCGCCAAAGAGCUUUGAGAGCUUUCUAGAGGACUAUCUGACGGGCAACGUUGGAGGAUCAUCCUGGUUUGACCACAUCAGAGCGUGGCAUUCAAGCAAAGAUCACUACAACAUCCUCUUCCUGACCUAUGAGGACAUGGUUUUGGACCUGAAGACGGCGGUAACAAAGAUCUGCACGUUCUUGGGGAAAAACCUGAGUGAAGCAGCCAUUGAUCAAGUUGUAGAAAAAUCGACAUUUAACACCAUGAAGAAAGACUCCAAAGCCAACUACAAGUUUCUGCCACAAGAGAAGAUGAAGGGAGACUUCAUGCGCAAAGGUAAGAUCGGUGACUGGACCAACACCUUCACUGCUGCUCAGAGUGAAAGAAUCGAUCAACUCCUUCAGGAGAGACUCGGUGAUCUGUCUCUGAAGUUCAUCUGGGAACAAGCAGAGCACCGAUCAUAAAGUGUCUCUCACUUACAACGUAUACAGUA